CUCAUAUUCCUUUUGUUCUUCAAAAUCUCCAUCUUCCCCUCUAUUUCGAAGCCUCAAUUGCACAAGAAAUUUUCUUGUGCUUUCCUCUUCGAGAAAAAAAGAGGGUGGGAAGAGACAAAAUUCAAAGAGCAAAGCCAUGAAAUCCACAAGCACCACCACAUUCCUCCUCAUGGCUGCCCCGCUCCUCCUCCUCAUCCUCCUCCCCUUGGCACAUGCAAGCCUAAAACCCAACGCCAAGACCGUGGUGGUGACAAACAACCACACCAACUACCUAAGCGUGCGGUGCUUCUCGUUCAAUGAUGAUUACACUGUGAACCACUUGCCCUCGUGGGGGCAGUACGAGUUCAAGGUGACGAAGCGGGUGGUCUACCCUUCCUCCACCAUGUUUAAUUGCUCCACCAACAUGGGCACAUUUGUCGCCUACAAAUACGACUAUGAGUGCACGGGAGAUGAGUACGAGAAAUGCGACUGGCGAUUUGACGAAGAUGGUGCUUAUAGAUGGGAACCUAAGCUCAAUGUUUGGGUUGGUGUUGAUUAUACCCCUAACUAUGAGUCCCUCAAUAGAGGUGGUGUCAUCCAAGGCUACUUUGCAAACUAGCCUUAUUAAUUUCCCUUUUCUUUCGCUACAAAAAUAUGUACUGGUCAAAUUUAUGAUUGGUGGAAUGUUUGUAAUUUUGUUGGUGUUUUAAUUCGAUAGUGUUUGGAUUCCCAGUAUAUAUACUUUGUCCCGCAAUUUUAUAAAUU